AAAAGUUAAUGACACUGUACUACAGUGAGGGACACCACGCGCACCCGCAAAAAGUUGGUUACCUGUCCUGGAAGUCAGUUACCAAUAAGGGAGGUCUGAGAGGCACCGCCUUUACUCUUGGUGUCUCCGCCUCCCAUUUCCCAUUUUCCAUUCCCCAUUUCUCUAUCUCUUUGGCAUUUUCUGGAUCCCAUUACCCCUAAACAUCGUCGUCGUCCUCUUCUUCUUACUCCAGAUACGAUCAGGUAAAGAUGUCGACGAUUUCGAAUCUCGCGACGUGCGGUCAUGGCGGGAGCAUCGCAUUCCGUUUUUCUGUCUCGUUAUCGUCUUCUUUCGCCCCCAAUUCCAGAGUUUCAUGGCCAAUUCGGAAUGAAGCGUUUUGCGAUCCUUGUUUGGGUCGGAGCCAUUUUAGGAGGAGGGUUAAAGGUCGUUGUGUUCGCAUGGCAUUAGUAGAUGAGAAGCUUGCACGAACCAAAGAUUUGCCAAGGCCUUCUGAAGUUCUGGCAUACGAUCUCGUUCAGGGAGCACUUGUUAGAUGGAGUUCUGUAAUGGAUAAGUCGUUCCCUGAUACACCAACAGCCGUUUUUCUUCAUGGCAUUUUAGGCAGCCGAAAGAAUUGGGGAAUUUUUGCUCGUAGAUUGGCUCAAGAGUUUCCAACAUGGCAGUUUCUCUUAGUUGACCUGCGGUGUCAUGGGGAUUCGGCUUCAACUACAACUAGGGGCCCACAUACAGUAGCAUCUACUGCUCUUGAUGUCUUAAAGCUUGUUCGACAGUUGAGAAUAACACCCCGCAUUCUUGUUGGUCACAGUUUUGGUGGAAAGGUUGCCUUAAGCAUGGUAGAACAAGCUGCAAAACCUCUUGCUAGACCAGUUAGAGUUUGGGUUCUAGAUGCCACUCCUGGAAUAGUUCGACCGGGUGGUAAUGGGGAGGACCAUCCAGAAGAGCUAAUAUCAUUCCUUAAAACACUCCCAAAAGAGGUCUCUUCAAAGCGGGAUAUUAUUAAUGCUCUAGUUCAAGAAGGAUUUUCCAAAGAUGUGGCACAGUGGGUGGUUACUAAUCUUCGUCCAACUGGUCCUCCUGGUUCGACAUCAUCCAGUUUCUCAUGGAUAUUUGAUCUCAAGGGAAUUGCUGAAAUGUAUCAAUCUUACGAGGAGACAAAUUUAUGGAAAGUAGUUGAAGAUGUGCCUCGAGGCGUGCAUGUGAAUUUUUUGAAGGCAGAAAGAAGUUUACACAGGUGGGCCCUUGAAGAUAUUCAAAGAAUCCAUGCUGCUGAGGAGGUUGCUUCUGAAGAGGGAGGUGGUGUUGAAAUGCAUGUACUUGAGGAUGCCGGCCAUUGGGUACAUGCUGAUAAUCCAGAUGGGCUCUUUAGGAUUCUUUCGUCUUCUUUCCAAUGAGAGAAAACCUGAUUGAGAUUCUAGCAUAAUCUCAAGUUCAACUAGAGGUAGGAGCCUUAAAAUCAUGGAUCACUCACUCUUUACCCUCACCUCCCCUGCCAAAAAUAAAUGUCGUAAUAAAUUUUUUGUAUAGCUAAUUAUAUUUCUUCUUGUCUCAUACACGUGUGUUAGUGUAAUUCAGUAUAUUAGAUGUUUAAUCAGAAUUAUUAGGGUUCUUACAACUGAAAGAAAAAGUUGGAGGUUGUUGGAAUUACCUGGUUGCACAGUAUGUAUGUACCUUACAGGCUACAAAGAAGCAUGUCGUGUUGCACA